CUCGAGCUGAUAAAGGGUGCUUUGUUAGGGUCGGAGUGAAAACGUACAGGGUAGAUCUCCAGGAACAGGGUUGGGAACACAUCCAAGUCCAAAUUUUCUUACAGUCCCAGAAUUCAUCGCGGUAAAGAUGGCGGCGGUUCUGGAAAGGAGUUUUAUAGAAAUCUGUGGAUUUGAGAGGGAAACCCUUCCAAAAUUCCGAGACAUUACAGUUAAUUUAGGGUUGACUGCUCUACCCGGAGGUGUCAAAUACCCAGACAGCGCCGGAGGAUUCCACUAUGAAGAAAGCGGGAAACUGCUGUCCGUGACGAGCAACAGAUUCAUACACUGGUCGACCAGCGGGGACACGGUGCAGCUGGUGGAGCAGUCCCUGGACACCAACCUCCUGAACGGUGCCGUGCGCCUGAAGUUCCUGCACUGCCCCCUGCUGCCCGGAGGCGUACACAUCCAGGAGACCCUCAGCAAUGUCGUCAUCUUCAUCGUCACCAACCAGACCGUGCACCACCUGUUGCUGCCCCACCCGACCUGCAUGUACCGCAGCGAGCUGGCGGUGGAGGUGCAGAUGCAGUCCAUCUUCACGGACAUCGGCAAGCUGAACCUGCGGGACCCCGCCCACAGCCACAUCCUGCCCGUCCUCCCCAGCCAGCUGGGCGGGCACGGGGCGUCCGCCGCCUGGAUCAGCGCCGAGGGCGACGCCCACAUCGCCCUGGCGUCCGUCACCGGGGGCAUCCUGGUGGUCAGGCUGCCCCCGUACGACACUGAAGGGUGCGUGUCUGUUCUGGAGCUGAAGCAGAGCUCUGUGAUGCAGCGGCUAACAGGCUGGAUGCCCACUGCUAUCAGGGGGGACCAGAGCCCGUCGAACCUGCCCGUCAGCCUGGCCGUGAGGCAGCUGGAGGACGACACCUUCAUCUUCGCCCUCUGCCAGGACCACAAACUGCGCAUGUGGUCCUACAAGGACCAGAUGUGCCUCAUGGUGGCCGACAUGCUGGACUACAUGCCAGGAGGCCGGGACGUGCGGCUGAUGGUGGGACAGACCCACAGGCUGCGCCUCUCCUUCUCCUCCUCCACCGGCCUGUGCCUGGGGGUCUACCUCAGCGUGCCGAAACGCGGCCAGUUCUGCAUCCUGCAGCUCGUCUGCCCCGAACGCAACCGCUACGGCCUGGACCACAUCUCCACGCUGUUCAGCACACAGGAGACUCUGGUGGACUUUGCCCUGACCUCCACUGAUGUGUGGGGCCUCUGGCUGGAUCACAACAACCAGACAAUAGUGAAGUACAUCAACUUUGAGCAUAAUUUGGCUGGCCAGUGGAACCAGGUGUUCGUUCAGCCCCCUCCUGAGGAAGAAGUCAACAUCGGAUUGGAUCAGGACCCCAGGGAGACGUAUUUGGAGCAAAUCUUCUCUCCUGUGCGAUUCACUUCUGCGGCCAUUUUGAAGGCCCUGCAGAUCUACCGGCGGGGCACUGACCGAAUCUCAGAGCUGUCCUGGGAAUCUCUGAAGAAGGAGGUGACCAUCGCGGUGGAAAAUGAACUCCAGAGCAGCGUGACGGAGUACGAGUUCUCCCAGGAGGAGUACCGCCAGCUGCAGGUGGAGUUCUGGUCCAGGUUCUACGCCUGCUGCCUGCAAUACCAGGAGGCGCUGUCCACCCCCCUCGCCCUGCACGUCAACACCUCCACCUCCAUGGUCUGCCUGCUCAAGAAGGGUUUUGUGUCCUUCCUCUUGCCUUGUUUUGCUGUGGACCACCUCUACCUGUCCUCCGAUGACUACCUGUCUUCUGAGGACGAGACGCCGGUUACCGAAGACCCGGACGUGGCGCGGGACGUGCUGCAGCUGGUGCAGUGCCUGCGGCUACUGAACAUGUCUGUGAUUGGGGACAUGGCCUACAUGAUGGAGAAAGCCCUGGAGCACCAGCAUUCUCCCGAGAGGGCUGCGGAGCAGGUGCUGGAGAGCCUGCUGGCCAAUGACAGCGACAGCGUCAUCGAGGACAUCCAGAACAAGCUGCAGGACGUCCGGAACCCCGUCGGGGCGAUGGGCGUCCUGCUGAGGGAGAUGGACCUGGAGACGGACGGGGAGAUGGAGGGGGAGGCCCCCCUCGCCGCAGGCCAGCCCCUCAGCGUGCGGGUGAGCCUGUCCCAGCUGUACGGCAGCAGCGUGGCCGUGUCGGUGGUGUGCCAGGCCGUGUGUCAGGUGGCCAUGACGCGAGUGCUGCUCUGCAGGGACCUGCUGAUCCUGGAGCAGCUCUACCUGAGAGUGGGAGACAAUGUGUUCCUCGGAGGAGGGGGGCAGCUUCUGCAGCUCCAGCAGGACCUGAUCCCUCGCACCUCCCACCUGCUCUGCUCCUACUUCCUGCUGAAGAGCGCCAGCCAGCGCCUGUCCAGCACCGUAGCCCUGGACACACUAGAUGCCAACCUGCAGCACCUGUCUGUACUGGAGCUGUCUGACUCGCCUGCCCUGACACCCAACAAAUCAGUGCUCAGCCCUCAGACGGUGGUGGAGCUGUUCUACCAGAACGUGGGCCGGAAGGCCAUCAUCGGCCAGAUCCACUCCCAGCAGGGCGAGCUGCUGAGCCAGGCCGCGCUGCACUGGCCCCAGAUGGUGUCCACCAUGGUGCUCCUGCUGUCCCAGCACCUCUGGCCGAGCAACCCAGGUUUCCUCUUUCCUGAGUGUCUGAUGGGAAACUGCCAGUACACGCAGUUACAGGAGUACGUGCGGCUGAUCGCCCCCUGGUGCCAGGUGAACAUGGGCUCCUGCCGCUUCGUUCUGGGGCAGUGCUACCUGGCAGCCGGCGAGGGGCACAAGGCCCUGCAGUGCUUCAAGGAGGCGGCGGUCGAGGUGGAGAAGGAGGAGUUCCUGAUGAGGCUGGUGGGGACUGAGGACGAGGAGGUGGGGACCGCACCGCGACUGCAGUACUACAACAAGGUGCUGAGGCUGCUGGAAGACGUGGGCUUGCCUGAGCUGGUUAUACAGCUCGCUACCGUGGCGAUUUCAGAAGCCACCAACGAUGUCCGGAGUCAGGCCGCCCUCAGAACUCGCAUUUUCAAACACCACCUGGACCUGGGCCACAACAGCCAGGCGUAUGAGGCCCUGACCCAGAAUCCUGACCCCAGCAGGCAGCUGGACUGCCUGAGGCAGCUGGUGGUGGUUCUGUGCGACCGCGCCCAACUGCGGGACCUGGUGCAGUUCCCCUACGUCAACCUGCACGAUGAGGUGGUGGGCAUCAUCGAGUCUCGAGCGCGAGCAGUGGACCUCAUGGCCCAUAACUACUACGAGCUACUGUACGCUUUCCACAUCAAUCGGCACAACUACAGAAAAGCCGGUACCGUGAUGUUCGAGUUCGGCAUGCGCCUGGGCCGCGAGGUCCGGACGCUCCAGGGCCUGCAGAAGCAGGUCAACUGCUACCUGGCCGCCAUGAACUGCCUGCGCCUCAUCCGGCCCGACUACGCCUGGAUCGUCCAGCCCGUGUCCGGCGGAGUGUACGAACGGCCCGGCACGUCGCCGAAGAGGAACUACGAUGGAGAGUCGGCUCCUGGUCCAGUGAACCGUCAGAUUGAGAUCCUGGAACUGAAGGACCUGGAAAAGGAGUACAUCCUCGCCCGCAACCGCCUCACCCUGGCCCAGCACGACCCCUCUUCUGCAGGUAACACAGGCAGCGCCCCCGCAGGGGAGAUGGUGACCCUCCUGGUGCAGGCCGGUCUGUUCGACGCCGCCCUGGCCCUCUGCAAGACCUUCAAGCUCCCGCUCACUCCCGUCUUCGAGGGGCUGACUUUCAAGUGCAUUCAGUUACAAUGCGGGGGAGAGGCGAGCCAGAACGAAGCCUGGAACUGGCUGGCAGCCAAUCAGCUGUCGACUGUCAUCACAACCAAAGAGUCCAGCGCUACCGAUGAGGCGUGGCACCUGCUGGCCUCCUACCUGGAGAAGCACCCUUCCCAGAAUGCUCAGCACCACCGCUGCGUCAUCAACGUGCUGCUGUCACACGGGGUGCCCUUGCCCGAUUGGCUGGUCAACAGCUAUAAGCUGGUGGACGCCGCGGCUCUGCUCCGCCUCUAUCUGAACUACGACCUGCUGGAGCCCGCCGUGGACCUGGUGCUGGAGUACGUGGACGCUGUGCUGGGGAAGGGGCACCAGUACUUUGGAAUAGAGAGGCCCCUCUCUGCUACCGCACCCCAGGUGUGGCUGCCCUACACCUCCAUAGACCAGCUGCUGCAGGCGCUUAGCGAGAACCAGUCCGACGCCAACAACGUCACCCUGCACAGCAGGCUACAGGAGAAGCUGCGAGAGUACCACAGGCUGGUGGAUCAGGCCACGCACCACCGGCUAACGGCCCACUAGGACCGGGCUUCCGGAAGGGCCUUUACGGGAGAGCGCAGCACCGCACUGUCGAAGCACUGCCUUUGCACACACCGCUCGCCAUCCCUCCCGUCGAUCGUUUCUACGACAAAACUCAGUUUGUUUAACAAAGCCAAACGUUUAUUUUUCUAUUGUAAAAUGAAAUGGAACGCGUAUUUAUAAACGAAGAAAGGGUCGUUUUCCUCAGCGUGUCGUACUGUAACGCGACUGAACUGCCAUCUGGGAAAUGUUUGUGGCCGCUGCCGUGGAGACGUCAGAGAUAUGUAAUUGCGUCUUUAUGAGGAGAAAAACGUCUGUUGAAAUGUACAGUUAUGUAUUUGUGUGUAUGUGUGUUUGAAAUGUGCUUGCAAACCUUGGUUCUGUUCUAAGUGAGAAUGAUUCGAGAAUUUUCUUCGGCGCUUGUCGAGAGUAAAUGUGUAUUUUUUUAUAGAAAUACAUUUGUAAUAAUCAUACCAUAUUUUGUUCUUUUGUACUACGCCUUUUCAAGUUUCUUGUAAAGUCUGUGCUCUUAGUAGUUUUGCUUGUAUUACAAUAAAUAGAUUAACUUUCA